GUGUCGUUUGUGUUAAAGAAAUAUAUCGGGCGGGCGCAGUAGUACGGGACAUAGCGAGACUCCCACUCGUGUUUGUUUUCAACAAAAUAGAGACAAUCUAUUGUACACCGAUGAUGUCGAGGCUGGCGGGCUGGUGGCGCCAUUCGCUGCGUCGGCGGCCGGUCAUCACCAACACCAUCACCUAUGCCACGUUCUACACCGCUGCGGAGCUCUCACAGCAGACAUUCAACAAGAUAUAUUCGCCAGAAAAACCGCCGUUGGAUUUUGCGGCUGCGGCCCGUAUUGUUACGGUCGGCAGUUGUUUGUACGCACCAACACUUUACUUUUGGUAUAAAUUUCUGGAUAAAAAAUUCGUUGGCACAGCAGUAAAGAUGGUGGCCACCAAAGUGAUGACUGAUCAGUUCGUUAUGACGCCAGUACUUCUCGCUGCGUUUUAUAUCUUGAUGGGUAUAGCGGAAAGGAAAGAGGAUAUCUUUGAAGAAAUAAAGGCGAAGUAUUGGAAGACAUUCAUCGCAAAUCAAGCCUUCUGGAUACCCGGACAGACGAUUAACUUUUUCUUUGUCCCCUCACAUUUGCGUGUCGUGUAUGUAGCUUCAGCCUCUUUUAUUUGGAUCAAUGUUUUGUGCUUCAUCAAACGGCAGAAGACGGAGAAGACUGCUUGAGUAGAUUUCAUCUGGUGCUAAGUUAUGUAUGAAUAGUGAUAAAUUUGGAAGUAAAGCUAACUUUUACGUCAAUCGUAAAAUCAUAAUACGACAUCGCCGCAAAUUACUCAAAUAGACAAAUCGAAUAGAUUGGGGUUGGAAUUUGUAUUUUAGGAAAAUCUGUUUUAAUAGUUGUAAGCAUUUGUUAGUUAUUAU